GCUUAGAUAAGAUGACAUCGAAUUGACCAGUCCACAGACCAUCAUGUCAAAGACCGGAAAAGACCCAUCAAACCAUCCAUGAGCUCAGAAAACGCGUGUAUGUCUGUCCAGAUCUCCGUCGCUAUCUCUCUGGGGUAUGAACCAUCAACUUGAAUGGGAUCAGCCUUAUGACGUCACGCACACGAUGCUUCGCAGGGGCACUACCCACCAUACCACACUACUAUGUGUGUAUCCCCCUGACGCCCAGGAAGGAGGCCAUCCCACCAACAGAUGAACCAGUGCAUGUGUGUGUGUACUCAAUUGAUGUGUGAGUGUGUGUGUGGCAGUCAUCUUUUCAUGCCCGCGACACUCACCGCACCAUUCUCUCUCUCUCUCUCUCUCUCUCUCUCUUAUGAAUAUUAACAACACGAGUGCAUCUUAGGGCUCACCGCCCCCAACCAGUGGCAUUCCGCCGACCCCGCCCCUAUUCACACUGACUGCAAAGCCACACAACAUCAAAGACACGACAUACUGAAAGACAGACAGACGUCAUGUGAUUGACUGUACAAACAACUUGGGCACAGUAAGACACACAGACAGCGAGACUAGCGCCGUCCCCUCUCACACGAACAAACAACGACACACGAGCCACAGUGUCUGAAUGAGUUGGACACCUAAUGCCGACGGCCUGAAGACCACACACACAUGGAAACAUUGGAUGGACACGGUCCAUAGGUCUGUCUGUCUGCCCACUGUGUCUGUCGUCGCUUACAUUUGCCGUAUUUGUGGUCGUGAUGUUUCUUCCAGCAGUAAUGGCCACGCUUGCAAUCAUGAUCCUUCUUGCACCGAUGGUCGUCAUGGUGGUCGUCAUGGUGGUCGUCACGGUGGCCCCUCUCCUUGCCUAAAUCACACACCACACACAGAAGGGAUGACGCCCACAUUGCCCCCUCUGUGUGUCUGUGUCAGUGUGCGGCUCACAUUUGCCAUUCGAGCACCAAUGUGAGUGGCAGUCGUUGUCAUAUCGACAGCCGCGGCCAAUGUCAUUCAGAUCGCCGCCCUUACGGCACUGGCCAUUCACACAGCUGCACACACACACACACACACACAUCAACACACACAUCGCCAUGGCCCUCCCUCUUUUUCCUACUUGUGUGAGCAGCAGUGUGAGGUCUUCUUGCACUGUUGCUUUGAGUAAGAGGCAAUGCACGACUGCAAACCCCGCAGACCGCCAGACGACACCAACGGCUCGUCGCCAUCCUCAUCGCUCAGCAGCAGCUGGUCGUCCACAGUCGUCAGGCCAUCGUCGUCAUCAGCGGCAGGGGGGCCAGUCGGGAGGGCCUCGUCGGCGGCCAUGGCCACGGCGGCCGAGGGCAUCCACACGGCCACCAGCAGCAGAGAGGCCGCAAGCAGGACCGUCAGGCGGGAGAUGAGAGCCAUAGCUGACGGGCAAUUGAGAGGACGGGCAGUCAGUCGCACUGCGGCUGGGUGAGGGCCAGAUGGGAUACUCCGGUGGCUAACAGGCGCUGAGAGAUGGGAAGCCGCUGGUCGGUCGAAUUAAGUGAGAUGAGCGGAUAGGGAACUGGGGAGGGCAGAUCCAGGUGAGGUCCUUUGCAGUCCUUUACGUACAGCGGUGAGAGAGGGGAGAGAGUGGAGAGUGAAGAGAGCGCAGG